AUGGAACAAAAUAAUGGCAGUGCAGUGACGGGAUUCCUUCUCCUCGGGUUUGCUGGUCAACACAGGUCCUGGCAAGUCCUCUUCACGGCCUUCCUCAUCAUCUAUGUGGCCACACUGGUGAGCAACACUGGGAUGAUCCUGCUCAUCAAGACCGACCCUGCUCUUCACACGCCUAUGUACUUCUUUCUCCAGCACUUGGCUUUUGUCGAUCUCUGCUAUUCCUCUGCCAUCACGCCCAAGAUGCUGCAGAACCUUGUGAGCACGAACCAGUCCAUCUCCUUCACAGGAUGCAUACUGCAGUUACUAGUCUAUGGGACUUUCAUUACCAGUGAUGGCUUCAUCCUGGCUUCCAUGGCUGUGGACCGCUACGUGGCCAUCUGCAAACCCCUGCACUACCCAGUUAUCAUGUCCCGGAGACUCUGCAUUCAGCUGCUGCUUGGUUCAUACCUCAUGGGCUCCCUAAAUGCUUCUGUGAACACCAGUCUGACUUUCUCCUUGGACUUUUGCAAGUCUAAUGCAAUUAAUCACUUUUUUUGUGAUAUACCUCCAAUUCUCGCUCUAUCGUGCUCCAGGAUUGACUUCAAUAUCAUGGUCCUGACUGUCUUUGUGGGGUUUAACUUAACCCUCAUUGUGUCGGUCGUCAUCUUUUCCUACAUAUGCAUCCUGGCCACCAUCCUCAGGAUGUCUUCUGCCGCAGGACGGAGAAAAGCUUUCUCCACGUGCGCCUCCCACCUGACAGCCGUCACCAUCUUUAUUGGUACUCUGGCUUAUAUGUAUGUAUUCCAUGGGACCAAUAGGUCCCAAGAGCAGGAAAAAGUGGCUUCUUUGUUUUAUGGAAUUAUGAUUCCCUUGUUAAACCCUCUCAUCUACAGCCUGAGAAACCAAGAUGUGAUAGCAGCCGUAAGACUCAUGGGAACUAAGUGCUUCUCAACAUGA